AUGACAAACGUAGCAAAGGGCAAGCGCGUGCGGACCGGGUGCCUGACCUGCCGCGAGCGGCACCUCAAGUGCGACGAGGCCGCGCCCAGCUGCGCAAACUGCCGCUGGGGGCUCAAGGUCAACUUCCUCGACAUCGUGGUGCACGUGCCGGCGAGGCUUCCGCGGUCGAGCGAGUGGUCAGUCAGCUUCCUGGACGAGUCGCUGCAUAUAGCUUCCGAGUAUAAAGGGGGCUUGAAGCGGUAUACGGCUGCGAACCGCGUUGGUGCUGGCGCUGCGAGGGGGGAGACACGGCCUUAUGCGAGGUUGCGGGAUAACGAAGGCGAGGCCCUCGUGCGCUCAGUCUCAACUUGCAGCUCUCUCCAUGGACACAACGACAGCCCGCAAGCACUCCCGACAUGCCGUGUCAGAUCCACCGCCGGAAACUCUGAGCAGUCAAGAGUAAAGACUUGCCAUCGGGCGAGAGUUGCGAGAGUCAUGGAUUACCUAUGGACCACCGGCGGCGGUAGCGACAUACAGCUUGGUGGUAUGGGAGAGGAGUCACUUCUCCAUGCCUCGCCCAGAAGCGGCCAUGAUCGAUGCCCGGGGAGCGAGCUAGUAAUCUGCCUAGACACGGGAGCUUUCGCGCAGAGUAAGACGGCGCGAUACAACUGCAUACCUGCCGGGAGCUCAAGCGCCGGGUCAUCGGCGGCCACCAGCCAGACGCCAUACAGCGGCACGCCCGUCGACAGCCAACUGGAGGAUCCCUCGUGCGCAGACGACAGUGGUGGCGGCGGCGGCGGCGGCCUGCUGGCGCACACGGCGCGCGACUUCCUGGCCACGGAGAUGGAGCUCGAGUACAUGAAGGCCUUUGUGGACGGCGUCGGCACGUGGAUGGACUCGCUGGGCGAGCACGAGCACUUCAGCCAGGUGGUGCCGUACCGCGCGCUCGAGUCGCCCGCGCUGCUCAACGCGCUGCUCGCCUGCGGUGCCAUGCACCUUUCUUUUGCGAGCCCGGAGCUCGGCGACACGGCCGCGUGGUACUACAACGCCGCCACCAUGAUGCUGGUGCGCCUGUUCCAGAACCGCGACUGCGACGUCGCCGAGUGCGCCGUCACGUCCCUCGUGCUGCACGUCUACGAGGUCAUGGCCGGCCAGCACCUGAGCCACGGCGCGGGCGCGCGGCUCCUCAUCCGCAACCUCGAAUGGGAUUCCCGGAGCCGGGGCGGCAAGGGUAAGGACGAAGAGGGCGUGGGCGCGGGCGCGGCGUGCUUUUGGCUGAGCGUGGGCAUGGAAGUGCUGCAGUGCCUCGAGUACAAGUGGGUGCUGACCUGGGAUCCCGAUGAAUGGGGGCUCGGGUCCAAGUGGACAAUGGCCGACGGCAGCGACGACGAUGUGGAAGCGCGACAGGAGCUGUGGAUGCACAGAGCGCUCUACGUCGUGGCCAAGGUGGUCAACUUUCGCGCCACGAGCUCGCUAUACAUCGACACGGACCCUCACGAUCAGCAGGCCAGGCUGAGAAGCGAGCUGGCGGUAUGGCAAGACCUGAAGCGCCUUUGCGACAGCUGGAACGACUUGUGCCCGUGGUCGAUGCAGCCGGUUGCCUAUCUCCCCCUGGGAGCGGCAAAGCAAGAGUCAUCGUUUCCAAGAUUCUGGUUGACACGAGAUGCUGCGACUCUGGGCCGGCUCUUCUACCACACGGCGCAAUGUAUCUUGACACAAAUGAAGCCCCUGGAGCCUCCGUCCCUGGUCAGGGAGAUGAUAGCUCUCCAGCGGCACCACGCACGCCAAGUGCUAGGCAUCGUUGCUAGCAACAGGGAGCGCAAGGUGAUUCCCAUGGUCAUGCAGGCCAUUGUCGUUGCGUCCAUGGCGCUGGUAGACAGGACCGAGCAGUUGGAGGCCCUGUCCAUACUCGGGUCCAUCCCAAACCGGGGCCUUGGAUACAUUCGGGAGGUCGAGCAGAGGCUGAAGCAUGCCUGGAGAUGGCCAUCUGCGGAUACCAUUACCGGAGCCGGAGGCACCGGUGUGUACAGCGGCCGAGUUGAGGCGGCAACACACGCAGCACGGUGGCAGAAGCCGAGUAUUCGCGGCCUAAAAGACAAAACCGCUCACACGGCGAACCCGCUGAGCUCUGCCCGGAUCGAUCAUCCUCAACGGCCAUACAAGACCUGGUAUCGAGCGACGGGCACUUGA